AUGAACGACGUGGAUCUAAGACAGAGCAUCGACAGUGGCAAACUGAAGCCUGCCACGAGUUAUACGAGUACCUCACUCCAUGAGGGAGUAAAACUCCGUUUGGGUGAGACCGGACCCUUGUCCGAGUUGCCACCAACGACAUUGCCGCAGAUGUUUCGCGAGGCUUGUGAAAAAUAUGCAGAACAUCCUGCUCUCACCUGGGAGACACCAGGAGCUGGCGAUCAAGGCUGGACCACGUUGAGUUACAAGGAUUAUCAGAAACAAGUAGAACAGGUCGCCCUUUUGCUGAUCGAUGCUGGUUUGGAGGAGCGCAGCUCUUUGGGUGUUUUGGCCUUCAAUUGUCCCGAAUGGUUCUUUGCCGAAUUUGGAGCCUUAAGAGCUGGUGGUGUGGUAGCUGGCAUUUAUCCCAGCAACUCGGCAGAGGCUGUGCGUCAUGUCUUGGAUACUAGUGAGGCAACCGUUUGUAUGGUCGAUGAUGCUCAGCAAAUGGCCAAAUUGAGAGCCAUCAAGGAGAGUUUGCCACGUCUGAAGACUGUCAUACAAUUACAUGGUCCAUUCGAGUCGUUUGUGAAUCAGGAGAGUGGCUACUACAGCUGGCAGAAACUGAUGGAGAAGGUCUACCCAAUUAGCUUAAAGGAAGAACUUUUGUGUCGUGAGAAUCGUAUUUGUGCAAAUGAAUGUGCGAUGCUUAUAUUUACCUCUGGCACUGUGGGAUUACCCAAGGCAGUGAUGCUCUCACAUGAUAGCAUUGUCUUUGACACCAAAGCCAUUGAUCUGUCUAUGCGGAAUAUAGAAUUGGGAAAUGAGCGAAUGGUUAGCUAUCUACCAUUGAGUCAUAUAGCAGCUCAAAUCUUUGACAUAUUUCUGGCCAUGCAACAUGGUGGAUGUGUUACAUUUGCGGAUAAAGAUGCCUUGAAGGGAACUCUAGUGAAAACAUUCCUAAAGGCCAAGCCAACUAGAAUGUUUGGAGUUCCACGUGUCUUUGAGAAGUUUCAAGAGCGUCUUGUUGCUGCCGAGGCCAAGGCCAAGCCAUAUUCUCGUUUGAUUUUAGCCAAGGCUCGGCAGGUAGUGGCCCAACAUCAAAUGACCAGCAUAUUGGGUGAGAAACAUUCUAUAUAUUCGUCUUCGAAAUAUUGGCUAGCCUCCCGUGUCGUUCGUCCCAUACGCCAAAUGUUGGGUCUUGAUAGUUGUAAAACUUUCCUCACUGGCGGCGCUCCUGUAUCGGAUGAAAUGAAGAACUUCUUCCUGGGCUUGGAUAUGCCUUUGGGUGAAUGCUAUGGCAUGUCGGAGACUGGUGGAGCCAUCACUUUGAAUGUGGAAAUCACAAACCUCUUCAGUUCUGGCCAACCCAUUUGUGGUCUGGAGGUUGAGAUUAAAGAACCAGAUGCUAAUGGUCACGGUGAAAUAUGUAUGCGUGGUCGCAGUAACUUUAUGGGUUAUCUGGGACAGCCCGAUAAGACUAUGGAGGCCAUCAAAGAAGAUGGUUGGCUGCACAGCGGUGAUCUCGGCUAUCUGGAUGAGCAUGGUAAUGUAGUAAUUUCGGGACGCCUCAAAGAAUUGAUCAUAACGGCGGGAGGGGAAAAUAUUCCACCCGUUCACAUUGAAGAACUGAUCAAGAAGGAAUUACCCUGUGUCAGUAAUGUCAUUCUAAUCGGAGACCAUCGCAAAUAUCUCACAGUGUUGAUAUCACUGAAAACCAAAUCGGACUCAAAGACUGGAAUACCAUUGGAUGCAUUGCGUGAGGAGACAAUUGAAUGGUUGAAUGAAUUGGAUCUACAUCAGACGCGUCUUUCGGAACUUUUAGGCAUAUCGGGUGAUCUGCAAUUGCCCAAUGAUGCAGCUGCUCUAACUGCCGCUUUGGCUAUAAAGGCGGAGCCAAAACUUCUCGAAGCCAUCGAAGCGGGCAUCAAGCGUGCCAAUAAGAAUGCCAUUUCCAAUGCGCAGAAAGUUCAGAAAUUUGCUUUAAUACCACAUGAAUUCUCAUUGGCCACUGGUGAAUUGGGACCCACUUUGAAAAUACGUCGAAAUAUUGUUCAUGCCAAAUAUGCUCAAGUUAUUGAACGGCUCUAUAAGUAAAUUAAGUAG